UUUCCUGUAGCAGGUGGAAUGAGACCCCCUCAAGUGUCCAUUCCAUGAGGGCAAAGACCUGGUUUUGUUCAUUGCUGUGUGCUUAGAAUGGUGCCUGACAUGGAGUAGGCCCUCAAAUACUUGAGUCUGAUGCCAAUGCAGCAACAAGGAUUUCCUAUGGUCUCUGUCAUGCAGCCUAAUAUGCAAGGCAUGAUAGGAAUGAACUACAACUCUCAAAUAUCCCAGGGACCUAUUACUAUGCAGGCAGGGAUACCAAUGGGACCAAUGCCAGCAGCAGGAAUGCCUUACCUGGGACAAGCGCCAUUCCUGGGAAUGCGUCCUCCAGGCCCACAAUACACUCCAGACAUGCAGAAGCAGUUUGCCGAAGAGCAACAAAAACGAUUUGAACAGCAGCAAAAGCUCUUAGAAGAAGAAAGAAAAAGGCGCCAGUUUGAAGAGCAGAAGCAAAAGCUCAGACUUCUGAGUAGCGUGAAACCUAAGAUAGGAGAGAAGAGUAGAGAUGAUGCUUUGGAAGCCAUAAAAGGAAACUUAGAUGGGUUUUCCAGAGAUGCUAAGAUGCACCCUACUCCAGCAACGCACCCUAAGAAACCAGAUUAUCCCACAUCAUCUCAUUCUAAAACUGUCUCCCCAUCACCUGCCUUUCUUGAUGAAGAAGAAUUCAGUGACUUUAUGCAGGGGCCUGUUGAACUUCCCACAUGUGGGCCUUCUUCCACUUCCCAGCCUUUUCAGUCUUUCCAUCCCACCACCCCACUUGGCCAGUUGCAUACACAGAAGGCUGGAGCACAGCCUCUCCCUCCAGGCCCUUCUUUGGAGGAGAAGCUCCUAGUAGCUUGUGAUAUAAGUACAUCUGAGCAGGAACAAAUUAAAUUAAAUACUUCUGAGGUUGGGCACAGAGCCCAAGGCCCAGGUUCCAGUAAGAACCAUCUUAGUUUAACGGCCAAUAUCAGGGGUGCUGUGGAUGGACGUGUAAGUGGUACCACUACUGCAGAGGCAAAAAAGACUUCAGACCAAAACCUGCCCAUUGAAGAGAGUGGUGUAGGUGUAUUUCCCUCACAAGAUCCUGUUCAGCCCAGAAUGCCUCCUUGGAUUUACAAUGAAAGUUUGGUUCCAGAUGUCUAUAAGAAAAUCUUAGAAACCACCAUGACUCCAACUGGAAUAGAUACUGCAAAACUUUAUCCCAUUCUGAUGUCAUCUGGACUUCCCAGGGAAACUCUUGGACAGAUAUGGGCCUUAGCUAAUCGAACUACACCUGGCAAACUUACUAAAGAAGAACUUUAUACUGUUCUCGCCAUGAUAGCAGUAACACAGAGGGGUGUUCCUGCCAUGAGUCCUGAUGCUUUAAACCAGUUUCCAGCGGCUCCUGUUCCAACUUUAAGUGGCUUUCCUAUGACUUUGCCUACUGCAGUGAGUCAGCCAACUGGAAUGCCUUCAGGUCCUGCAGGCUCCAUGCCCCUCAACCUUGGGCAGCCAGUCAUGGGCAUUAACCUUGUUGGGCCAGCCCAGGCUUCCAGUGGCUUCAUGCCAACUUACCCUGCAAAUCAGGUGGUAAAACCAGAAGAAGACGACUUCCAAGAUUUUCAAGAUGCUUCUAAGUCAGGAUCCCUUGAUGACUCUUUCAGUGAUUUCCAAGAGUUGCCUGCUUCUUCAAAAUCAAAUAAUUCCCAGCAUGGAAACAGUGCCCCUUUGUUGAUACCACUUUCUGGAACUAAAGCAUCAGCUUCAAUGGAUAAAUAUGCUGUGUUUAAAGGGAUUGCAGCUGACAAGUCCUCUGAAAAUACUGUCCCAUUUGGAGAGUCUGGUGAUAAAUACAGUGCUUUCAGAGAACUUGAACAGACAGCAGAGAGUAAAUCUUCAGGAGAAAACUUUGCAGAAUUCAGAUCUGCAGGGACUGAUGAUGGUUUCACCGAUUUUAAAACUGCCGGUAGUAUUUCACCCCUAGAGCCACCAACAAAAGACAAAACUUUUCCAGCAGCCUUCCCCUCAGGAGCUAUACAACAGAAACAACAAACUCAAGUGAAAAAUCCUCUGAACUUAGCAGACUUAGAUAUGUUUUCCUCAGUUACUUGCAGCAGCGAGAAACCAUUGUCUUUUUCAGCCACAUUUAGUACAUCAAAAUCUGUUUCUACACGACCACAGGCAGGACCUGCUGCAGCCACAGCAGCAUUGGCAUCAACUAAAUCUUGUAGUUUGGCUGAUGAUUUUGGAGAAUUCAACCUUUUUGGGGAAUAUUCUAGUCCAGCAUCUGUUGGGGAGCAGGAUGACUUUGCAGAUUUUAUGGCUUUCAGUAAUAGCUCUGUUUCAUCUGAGCAAAAGACAGAUGACAAAUAUGAUGCCCUCAAAGAGGAAGUUAAUCCUGUUCCUCUGACCAGCAGCUCGAGCAACACAGUGAAGAGUGGACAGAACUCUGCUGCUGCGUCUACCAAAUAUGAUGUCUUCAAACAGCUUUCUCUGGAAGGAUCUGGACUAGGUGACGAACUGAGAGAUAACCCUCCUUCAGGAAAAAGUGAUGAUGAUUUUGCCGACUUCCACUCCAAUAAAUUUUCUUCCAUGAACUCAGACAAAUCCCUGGGAGAAAAAGCAGUGGCUUUCAGACACACCAAAGAAGACUCUGCUUCAGUGAAGUCCUUGGAUCUCCCUUCCAUUGGUGGCAGCAGUGUUGGCAAGGAGGACUCUGAAGAUGCACUCUCUGUUCAGUUUGACAUGAAACUGGCUGAUGUGGGAGGAGAUCUUAAGCAUGUCAUGUCUGAUAGCUCUUUGGAUUUACCAACAGUUAGUGGCCAGCAUCCUCCUGCUGCAGAUAUAGAGGACUUAAAAUAUGCUGCUUUUGGAACCUACAGUAGCAAUUUUGCAGUGAGCACACUUACGAGCUAUGACUGGUCAGACAGGGAUGAUGCAUCUCAGGGCAGAAAACUCUCUCCAUUUGUCCUCUCAGCAGGAAGCAGAUCCUCCUCAGCUGCCUCAGUUCUACAAAAGAAAGAGACUUCAUUUGGCAGUUCCGAAAACAUCACCAUGACAUCUCUGUCCAAAGUCACGACCUUCGGAAGUGAAGAUGCUCUUCCAGAGACUCCCUUCCCGGCUUUUGCCAAUUUUAAAGAUGUGAUUCCUCAGACCAGUGAGCCAAAGGAAUAUGAAAGCAGGGACUAUAAAGAUUUCACCAGACAGGACCUACCUGCAGCUGAAUGGAGCCAAGAGGCCCCAUGUCCAAGCCCUACUUCCAGUGGCACUUCUCACGACACUCCCAAAGAAUGUUCAGAUGACUUUGGAGAGUUUCAAAGUGAAAAGCCCAAAAUCAGCAAAUUUGACUUCUUAGUGGCCAAUUCACAAAGCAAAAUGAAAUCCAGUGAAGAAAUGAUCAAAAGUGAACUGGCAACCUUUGACCUUUCUGUUCAAGGAUCACACAAGAGGAGUCUGAGCCUUGGUGAUAAAGAAAUAAGCCAUUCUUCUCCUUCUCCGGCUUUGGAGCAGCCUUUCAGAGACCGUUCCAACACUCUGAGUGAGAAGCCCGCUCUGCCUGUCAUCCGUGACAAGUACAAAGAUCUGACAGGAGAGGUGGAGGAGAAUGAGAGAUAUGCAUAUGAAUGGCAGAGGUGCCUGGGGAGUGCCCUAGAAGUCAUUAAGAAAGCAAAUGAUACCUUAAAUGGAAUCAGUAGUAGUUCUGUGUGCACAGAAGUAAUUCAGUCAGCUCAAGGCAUGGAAUAUUUAUUAGGUGUUGUUGAAGUGUACAGGGUGACCAAACGUGUGGAGCUGGGGAUAAAAGCCACCGCAGUGUGCAGUGAGAAGCUGCAGCAGUUGCUUAAGGACAUCGAUAAAGUGUGGAAUAACCUCAUCGGCUUCAUGUCACUUGCCACACUCACGCCUGAUGAAAAUUCACUGGAUUUUUCCUCUUGUAUGCUGCGGCCUGGUAUUAAAAAUGCUCAGGAACUUGCUUGUGGGGUGUGCCUGUUAAACGUGGACUCUAGGAGCCGGAAAGAAGAGAAGCCUGCAGAGGAACAUCCUAAAAAAGCAUUCAACUCAGACACAGAUAAUUUCAAGCUGGCAUAUGGUGGACACCAGUAUCAUGCCAGCUGUGCCAACUUCUGGAUCAAUUGUGUUGAACCAAAACCUCCUGGCCUCAUCCUGCCUGAUUUGCUCUGAAAAGCUCCUCUAUGAAGUACCAACUGGGUUGUUUUUGUUGUUUUUCAUCACACCCAUGGGUGACAGGGACCAAUGGACAGAAUGCAAGUACUGCAAAGUUCACCUCUAUGAAUUUAUAUGAAGAAUUCCCCAAGAGGUGGGCGGGGAAAAGCUUCGGAAGUUCCUAGUCAUUCCCACAGAGGACCUCUGUCCCCUGGUUCCCACUGCGUCUUUGGGAUUUGUGGUGAAAUUGCCCUACCCAAACUGCAUGUGGCACCAGAAGUUGCUAACUUACCACUAGUUCUUUUAAGAUGUUUUCAAAUAUGGACCACAAUAAUUUGCUGCUGCAGUAUUGAAACUGUGAAGAAUUGUCACUUGAAGAAAAAUUGUUGUAGGACUGGAAUUGGCAAGAAUGUGUUGAGCCAGAGCUUAUUUAUAUCUAGGACACUUAUUGUCCUGUGAAGUUGAGUGCAUUUAUCUGCAUUUAGUGUGUUAUUUGAAAUGAAUAAAGAGGGGAAAUUGUGAUUAAA